CGGGCUCCUCUUGGAUUGCUUCCUGAAAUUUCUCUUAACAUUCAUCCUGGAUUUAAAAAGCAUAUUCUGCUUGUGAAGCUCUGCAUGCUUGCAUAUAAAUGCGCUGACAUACGAUGUUGACGUUGGACUACCUUUUGGCUCAUCGUGACACAGGGCGGACCUAUUGUUGACAUGGGCCACAAUGUGUACCGUGAUUGCGUGCUUCCUCAUUCGCCAAGUUAUAAAAUGCUUGAUAGCUGUGUGGAAUUCCAGGAAAUGCUCUUCCUGUGCUGUGACGCCCACUGACAACCUGCAGCACCUGGAGGAGAAGGGGGAGGCGCCCAGUUUCAACAGCCACUAGCAAGAUCUUGGAGCAUAGACGUGGUCAAUAGGCUAAAUAGGACAGCUCCAAACUGAUAGUGUGUGUGUGUGGCGAGCUGCAGGGAGAGCUGGAGCGGGCGUGGAGAGGCGGCGGGUCUUUCCUUUUCCACCAUCCUUUUGCUUUUCCUUUGGCCCCGUGGAAGCACUCAUCCACACCACUGCACUGAAACACACUCAUCACUCCCUUUUCCUUCUUUCCGUUCUGGCAAUGUACUUGUUCUCUCUCUUUCUAUCCAGCCAUCUGUCCAUCUUGCUUUAGGAACAAGUCAGCUAAACCUUAGCAUCACAAACCAGGAAAGACCAGUGAGAUCAGUUGUUGAGCUGCAAACUGAGUUCCUCCUGCUCAGGCAAGGCAGUGAAGUAUUUGGAUACAGCACUUCAGCACCCCCCCAGCCCAGAGUCUGGCUCGGUACCACAGGAUCCCACAGGCGAUGAGGAGGGCCAGGGGGUUUAUCUCUUUCUAGACUUUCUCUUCUUCCACCUUGUGUCUUCAUGUUUUGGGGGUCCUCCGGUGCCCCCGCCCUCUGUCGACCCCCCCGCACCCACUGCCACCACGGCCGGCCACCCCAGUCGCCUCGUUGCCAUGCCGACAGAGACACUGGCUCCAGCCCUGCCAGAUAGCAAGGCCGCCGGCCCCGCAACCGCCUUCAGUUCCACCGUACCCCUUCGCAUCCUCAACAAGGGCCCUGACUACUUCAGGAGACAGGUGGAACCUAACCCAAAGCGUCUCAGUGCUGUUGAGAGACUAGAAGCUGACAAGGCCAAGUAUGUCAAGAGCCAGGAAGUUAUCAACGCCAAGCAGGAGCCAAUCAAACCACCCGUGAUGGCUAAGCCUCCUGCCGGUCAUACCCUCCUGGCCAAGAGAGGCUCUGGGAUUGGUGGAGGAGGAAAUGGAGGCGGGAUACCUUUCAAAGCAUCCAAUAACAACGCAAAGUCAGACACAAUAGCAACAAGCAGCGGCAGCAGCAAACGGGAGAAUUUAAACCUGGAGAUCCUUAAAAAUCUGCUGAACUCAUCGUCCUCUUCAGGAGCGGGAUCUGAAGGACUAGGAGGUGGAGCCAAGAGUGCUGUGUUGUUGAGGUCAUCAGGGGGAAUGGCCAGGAGUUGGACACCAUCAGGGAUGCCGUUAACCUACCGAUCUACAAUGGCGCUUAAUGAGCAACCAUCAGACAUAGCUCCCAGUCCAAGCACCUCACACUCCCUCCGGUCCUUCUCCCAUUCCCUGAAAGUGCCUCCGGUCAUCAGCGGGGGACGCCGCAGCCCACAACAGGGAGGAAACCUCAACCUCAGCAGACGAGGCGAAGGAAUUAUUGACCGUUCUCGCUCCCCACUCCCACCGCUACUCACCUCCCACUCCUCGUCCGACCUCCUGCGACUGUGCAAUGGCAAGCCCCUUCGCACGGCGCGGUCCAGCAGCUCCUCAGCUCCGCCGCUCCCUCCAAAACCCAACCCCGCCUCCCUCCCUCCCCCCGCGCUUUCCUUGUCCCUGCCUCCCCCUCGUCCAACUCCAUCCCCCUCGCUCUGUGACAACAUCACCCCUCAGUCGCUACCUUGUGAUUUUGGAGGCUCUUCCCAUAUUUCAACCGAUGCCAACGUGGAGCUUGAGCUCGGUUCAUCCGUGGCUCGUCGCUCCUCGCUACACAGAUCAAAAUCAGACCUUUCAGACCGGUACGCCCGGGCUGGAGCUGACGUGGAACGCUUUUUUAACUACUGCGGCCUGGACCCAGAGGAGCUGGAGGCAGUUGGUCCGGAGAACUUUGCGCGGGCCAACUCAGACAUCGUCAGCCUGAACUUCCGAUCCGCUUCUAUGAUCUCGUCUGACUGCGACCGGUCGCGGCGAUCGUCUAACGACGGGCUGUCGGACGGAGAAGAGGACGAGGAGGAGGAGGCCGGAGAGCGUGUUCCAUACGGCAUCUCGGCCGUGGAGCGAAACGCAAGAGUCAUCAAGUGGCUGUACAGCAUCAAACAGGCGAGAGAGACGCAAAAGGUCUCCCAUGUUUAGAACAAGCACGGCAGUGGAUAGGAUGUACUUUCAACUACCGACAAACUUACCCAUGUUUCAGAAUUGAUAGAUGGACCAGAAAAACUAGAACAAAAUUGUGAAAAUGUAUAGAUGGAUGAAUGCACAUAUGGAAGAGAAAACCUGACGGGUCUAACAAACAUGGUGAAAAAAGCAGACUUUUUUUUUUAGAAAUAAACAAAGACAUGAUGUAAAGGAAUUUAACCAAUUAGGUUUAGAACAACAUGAACACUAUGAACAGACGGAAAUAAAACUCGGACAAAUAUAUGAACAAAAUGUUCCGUCUGGAGAGACAAACAACUGGACAUGUCUGAAAAGAAACUAGAUAGCUGUUCCUCUCUGGACACUGAAUAAUAUGACAGACAGUCUGUCAAGAGCAAAAUGCACUGCGAUUGUCUAAGGACCCAUAAAGUGACCGCAUCACUACAAAGGAUCAUAGGCCUUUCUCACAGAGAACAGUUUGGCUUGACUAAUCAAAGCCUUUUCAGGUGGGAUUAUCUUCCUACAUAGCUUGCUAGCUACCUAGCGCUCUAUCUGUUCAAACCACGCUGACUUUAGUCUUCGUUCUGCCAUCUCUGUCCUUAGUCACAGCUGUCCAGAUAGCAGCCCCCGAGAGGACACCAGCGAGGCAAACUGUGUUAACCAAUCAAACACAGUAGAAAUGUACUGCCGUAUCGCAAGUGUGUCUGAGUUAGUGUGGAUUAAUACAUGUGGUAAAACGGAAGUGUGUAUGUUCCAUGUGUCGGGCGACGGACUGAGGUGAAAAACGCUUUAAAUGUGAAUUGAUUAUCAUAUUUCUUUGACCAAUGUUAGGGUUGUCCCUUAGUCCUUUAUACAUUGUAAAGCGUUUUAUAAUGACUUUUAAGGUCUAGUCUCAAUACCAACCAAUAUGCAUAUAAUGUCCUUUACUGCAACCAGCAGUUUCCAAAGUGCUUUACAUUAAAGACCAAUAAUA